AUGAGUAUGUGUUUUGAUGAUCAUUUCAUCGGUUGGAGAAAACGAAAUACCAAAGAAUUUCGUGCGCAUUCAGUAAUCUUACGUGCUCGUUCUCCUUAUUUUAAAGGUGUUCUUUCAUCCACUUGGAUUACAAAGAAAAAUGAUAUGAUCAUCUUUCAUAAGCCAAAUAUUGCUCCAAAUAUCUUUGACAUGAUUUUAAGAUAUAUUUAUUUAGGCGAACUGGACCUGACAGAACAACCGGGUGAAGAUAUUCUUAAACUUUUAAUUGCAUCUGAUGAGUUACUUCUUGAAGAAUUAGUUGAAUAUUCACGAGACUACUUGAUCAAACAUCAACGAAAUUGGAUUCAAAAAAAUUUUGUUCUUAUUCUUAAUACUGCAUGUAAAUAUACAAGUUGCAAGACUUUACAAGAUUAUUGUUUUAAAAUAAUUUGCCUUAACCCAGAGCUAUUGAUUACUUCGGAUAACUUUCUCUCAUUAGACAAAGAUAUUUUUUAUGACCUACUUGAACGAGAAGACUUAUUGAUUAAAGAAAUCGUUAUUUGGGAUCACUUAGUAUUGAACAGACCCAUGUAUCGAUGGGAAUCAUUUAAAAAUAAAUGUAAAGGCCAAGUAGAUAGUUUAGUUCUAGUUAAAGUUAAACAAGCAAGUAAAAUAUUUGGCGGAUACAGUUCUAUUGGAUUUAACUCAAUUGGAGACAGUCUUUUACGUAUUUAUAAUGGUAGACAACGAUUUUAUUAUUCAUCAGAUAACUUCAUCUUUUCGUUUGAAAAUGAAGAGGAUACUCAAAAUAUGAAAAUAAGUCGUGUGAUAAAAUACGAUAAAGCUAUAUACGAUUAUUACACCAUUGGAUUUAAUUUUGGUUUUAAUUCAUUAUAUAUAAAUGAUUGUCAACACUUACAAGCUUAUAAUCUUUACCAUUAUUACGAAAAUAAUAUAAAUACAGAAAUGGUUUAUAAUAUUGAAGAAAUUGAAACAUUUGUUAUAGUUAAACAAUAG